GUUCAGCCGUCAGGCAACGAGGAAUGGAGCAAAAUCCCAGCUGAACAGCCAUGAAGCCAAGGUGAAAGGACCAGAGCCUGUGAUUAGCCAGAUCAUUGACAAACUGAAACACAUCAACCAGUUGUUAAAAGGAAUGGCCAUCUCUCGCCGGAAAAGUCUGGACAAGCCAGAAGACGAGGAUGAGGAAGAAAGUGGUGAUUGCGACGACGAGGAUGAUUGUGGUGGGGACAGUUCUGGAAACGGCGGGUUAAGAGUGAAGAAUCAGCUGAGGUUCUUGGCAGGCGAUCACUUGAAAGUCUGCUCCCAAGGCUACACAUGCUGCUCUCAAGAAAUGGAAGAGAAAUACAGCCAGCAGAGCAAACACGACUUCAGAAAUGCUGUUGUCGAACUUAGCAGUAAUUUGCAAGCGACCUUCAGUUCCAGAUACAAAAAGUUUGAUGAAUUCUUCAGAGAACUUCUUGAGAAUGCAGAGAAAUCCUUGAACGACAUGUUCGUAAGGACUUAUGGCCUCCUGUACAUGCAGAACUCAGAAAUGUUUAAGGACCUCUUUGUGGAGCUGAAGAAAUACUACACAGAUGGAAAUGUCAACUUGGAGGAAAUGCUCAAUGACUUCUGGGCCCGUCUCCUGGAGCGCAUGUUCCGCCUAGUCAACCCCCAGUACCAUUUCUCUGAUGAGUACCUGGAAUGUGUCAGCAAGUACACGGAGCAGCUGAAGCCAUUUGGUGAUGUUCCACGGAAGCUGAAAUGGCAGGUGACCCGAGCAUUUGUGAUAGCUCGCACCUUUGUACAAGGCCUGGCUGCGGCGAGAGAUGUCGUUGCCAAAGUAUCAGCGGUUAACCCAACGCCGCAGGGGGUACAAGCAUUGCUGAAGAUGAUGUACUGUCCCUACUGCCGUGGUUUAGUUGCCGUAAAGCCGUGCUAUAACUACUGCUUCAAUGUCAUGAGGGGCUGUCUGGCCAACCAAGGAGAACUGGACACAGAGUGGAACAAUUUCAUAGACUCCAUGCUGAUGUUGACUGAGAGGUUGGAGGGUCCCUUCAACAUAGAGUCAGUCAUGGACCCAAUUGAUGUGAAGAUCUCUGAUGCUAUCAUGAAUAUGCAAGAAAACAGCAUGCAGGUGUCUCAGAAGGUUUUCCAAGGAUGCGGGCAGCCCAAAAUGCUCGUACAAAGUCGGGCAUCUCGUUCUAUCUCAGAAAGUAGCUUCAGUGCUCGUUUCAGACCCUACAACCCAGAGGAGCGACCGACAACAGCAGCCGGCACAAGCCUAGAUCGACUGGUGACGGAUGUGAAGGAAAAACUGAAGCAAGCAAAGAAGUUUUGGUCCUCUCUUCCUGGCAACAUCUGUAACGAUGAGAAGAUGGCCACUGGCAAUGUCAAUGAAGAAGAGUGUUGGAAUGGAAGCGACAAAAGCAGGUACAUCUUUGCAGUGACAGCAAAUGGUCUUGCCAAUCAGGCAAACAAUCCUGAAGUGGAAGUUGACACCUUGAAACCAGAUGCAAUGAUUCGCCAGCAAAUUGUGAACCUUCGAAUUAUGACCAGUAGAAUGAAGAAUGCUUACAAUGGGAAUGAUGUAGACUUCAUUGAUAUAAGUGACGAUGCUAGUGGAGAAGGCAGUGGAAGUGGCUGCGAGUUACAGCAGUGUUCCCAAGAAUUUGUGUUCAAUGCAACAGAAGUGACACAGGAUACCAAGAAAUCGGACAAAGAGCUGGACGCUUCUGCCACCAGCAUGGGCCUGUCAGAAGCUGCCCUGCUUCUUAGCAUCUUUUCAUUCUUGGCUCUGCAAAGACAGUGGAGAUAACCAUUCCCCCUUUUUUUAGAAUUGAUGGGGGGGGAGAAAAAUGACUCUUAUUAAAAAAAAAAAUAGGGAAAAGGCACCUGAUUUCACUUUUAUACCAUCUAGUGACUUUGGGGGGGAGGGGGAAAGGGUUGUUUGUAAGUUAACGGACAGCAGUGUACAGUUUUGUUUUGUUUUUGCUAUGUUGCCACUGGUUUUUAAUAAGUUUUUCCUUCUGUCUUUCUCUCCCUCUCCCCCGCUCUCAUUUUUUGGGAAUGGGAGGGAAAAACAAACAGGGAUUUGGACCUGUUAGUCUGACCUGUUUACUGAGAUGCCACAAUAAAUGUGGUUAACAGAGUGUAUAUACAGGCCUGUAGUUAGCAAUGCUUUUGUCUUGUGGUGUUUUUGUUUUUUAAAUCAAACUCUCUGUCCUAUUCCCCACCCCCCAUCCCUUUUAACUUUAUUUUAUCCUAUUUCAUACAAAAGAAAUUCCAGAGUUCCAUUUUGGCAUGUAUUGAGGCUGUCUUUCAAGGGGGGGAUGAAAUUAUCUGUACAAAAGCAAAAGGUUUUUUUUAUCAUAUUUCAUGGGGAAAGAAACUGUCUAUCAAGCAACAGAAAGUGCUUUGUGCAGUGGAGUUCCCACACGUAUCCAUUACAUUAGAUGCCUUAUCUUAAGAGAGAAGUAAAGCUAAUCUUUUGGGGGUUACUAGCUUUUAGAACAGAAUGUGAAGGCUUGGCCUUAUAACCUUGUUCGCUGCUGGAGAAAGAAUUACCUCUGUCCUUUUACCCCCAUGCAAAUUACUCAGCUGCAUUUUUUGGGGUUGUUGGGUUAGAUUAGAAAAAAAAUCAAUGCCGCUCUAGCUACUGUGACUGUUCCUUGUGGCUCUUGAGAGCCUACCUACUAAAAGGCCUUUGACACAGGCUUAUUCGUAUAACAUCCACUGUGUUACCUUCUUAUAAAUGUUCUUGUAGAAGAUGCAAGGGCCAGUCUGCUUGUCCUCCCUGCAAGCUGGAAUAUUUUCUGUCAGUACUUUGAAAUGGUGCUUGUUAGGGCAGGGGUCACUCACCCAUCAGUGGUUAAAAGGCCAGCUGUAGGCAUCGUGUUAGAGGCAGCAGGAUGUCAGGGAUGGACUUUUGGGAGACAGGUGAGGCUAUGAGACUUCACCUGGAAGGAGAGUGGCCCAGCACAGGGAAUGUAAACGGCACGAGGGAUUCCCACUUCUCUCUGUCUCUCUCUCCUCCCUGCAGGAGCUCUGCCGCAAUAAGUGGUAGUGACUGAAAUAAUGGUACAUAGUUUUUUAUUUGUAUUUUGAAAAGGAAUUAAAUUGCUUUAAAAGAAUGACAGGGGUAAGUCUACAAAAAGACUAAAAAAUAUUCUGGAAGUUUUUCCCGACUUUAAACAGGCGCUGGCCUCAAAUAGUGUUCCCUCCAGCGCCACAAGCAGUUGACCCGUUAGAAAAAGAGAGAGAGGAUGAUGGAGAGAUUUUUUACCAUCCACCCUUGUAUUGUAAGGUUGGGUUGGGCUGUUUUCUUCCCUAUUUUUAUACUGAAACAUUAAUUAUUGAGUAGCUCAGGGUCAGAAUUUUUGUUCACACACCAAAUUCCUGUAGAACUUUAUAUAAAGAUGAAAUAGGCUUGGCUGGUACUACAAUAAACCAAUCCCAGAGGCAUCAGAUUCUAGAAGUAGCCAGUUAUUUAUUUUUUUAAAUAUGUUUAUGUGUAUACACACACACACACACACAUAUACACUUAUUAUAACUCAACAAGGCAUUUUCUGGCUAGGCAUUUGGUGUUUGUUUUAUUUUAUUUUGUAGAAAACCAGUCACAAAAGCAUAAAAUGGGGGGGUUAUAAAUGUGCAUGGGAAGGAUUGUAAAUAGUUGCAUUGCUUUUGCAAGGAGUUGGAAAACGGUGCCGAUGACCAAGAAACUACCUCAGUUCUGAGGAAUUUCCUUUCUAGCUGUUUUUUGAGUGCUAUUACAUUGACUUGGUAGAAAUGAAACCGGGGCCUUCAGUACAGUGCCAAAGGGAGUUAUCCCCUGCAGAUCUUGUUAGAUUGCUUUUAAUUUAAAGCAUCGAACCAAGUCCAGCUGUUUUUCUUGCAGCUCUGUUCCUUGACAAAGAGGGUGGGGGCUGAUGAUGGUUUCCAUGACUCCUAAUGAACUGGAUUUGGCCAUGUCUCUUUUUCUCCUCUGUUGUCUUUUUUAAUUGUUUUAAGUGGCCUCAUUAUGAAUUUCAGUUGUGAAAUAAUGCAAGCCAACCUUAAGUGCUAGGAUCUCUUGUGCUGUUAUUUUUAGUAGGGUCUAACUGGAUAAUUUGGGGGUUGGGGAGGGUUAUGGGCUAACAAGCUUGCCAAUAAGAUUAAAUGGGUUGUGGGGAAAGGAUUGGGAAGGGAAGGGGUGUAGGCACAAUAAAACUUAGUCGAGCUGAGAGAGCAAAAUGGACUGGAGCAAUCGUCUAUGGAAGAAUAAACCUUUCUGUAUUCUCCAACUUGGGUUGCAUUAAGAUCCAGCUCACACACUGGUUUGCCUGUUGGCUGUGAGGUGAAUAUCAUCAAAUGGUGGCUUGCAUGUGUGAAUGGGCCAUUGCUGAUGAGCAUCACAGGUGUAGCUUCCAUGGCAACAAAAGGUUUCCAGGAAAGGAGGUUCUGGUGUUCAGCUGCCCUGUUGUAAAGCAGACGAAGGAAGAGCUAUCAAUGGCAUGGUUGUGGUUCUGUUUUCUAAAGACUUUGUAUGUUCUCCUUUUUUUCUUUUUUGCUUUACAAGCACGACAGCCCUCCUCGUGUACCUAAUAACCUCCCACCUUCAUUUUCUAUUUAUUUUUUUAAAUGAAUGGCUUACUACUUAUUAUUCAUUGGGUUGUACUUUGGUAAGGGCAGGGGA